AUGGCUAACAAAGGUAAAGGUAAGGGAGGAAAGAACAGAAGAAGAGGAAAGAACGAGAGUUGGGGACAAAAGAGAGAACUCAUUUACAAAGAUGAGCAACAAGAAUAUGCACAGAUUACAAAAAUGUUAGGAAAUGGAAGAGUUCAGGCAGCUUGCUUUGAUGGAACUACCAGAAUCGCACAUAUCAGAGGAAAAUUGAGAAAGAAGGUGUGGAUGGCACAGGGAGAUAUCAUUUUGGUUGCUUUGAGAGAGUUCCAAGAUGGUCAAGCUGACGUUGUUCACAAAUACACAGCUGAUGAGGCGCGUACCUUGAUUUCGCAAGGAGAACUCCCAGAAACCGCCAAAAUCAAUCAAACCGAUACCUUCGGUGAAGAUGCUGACGACGAUGCCAACUUCGAGUUUGGAAACGAGAGUGAAGAGGAUGACGAAGAAGAGUUGGACAUUGACGAUAUUUAA